AUGGGGCAACAGGAAGUAUGGGAUGUAACUUACAUCCUGCCCAGGGGAAACAAGGCGGUUUAUCGACAGGUGCCGCUGUACAACAUGAAUGACCUUUGUGAACUCACUCGUGAAGUGGUCAUAACGUCGUUAAAGACGCAACACAAAAACAUUUUGCACCGCUCUGAAAGUGAUGAAGAGUGUGUCAGUCCUGAGUUUCUUGUUUAUCACGUGCCACCAAAAGGACAAGGGCAUCUUUGCCCCAUGUUGCUUUCCCGAGGUGGGAAUAGUUGGGAUUCCCUUCUUCAACGGCAAGCUGAUGCAUCUCAAAUAAUUCUCCAGCUUAUUUCACGCAAAAGUCAGGCGAAAGGCGAUAACACCCUACCUGCUAUGGUACGUGUUUCCACUUCAAACUCCUCACUUCUGGAAGACACUAAGGCACAGCAGCCCUCGUUAUGCCACGUUGAUAACGCGGUGAUCACGGAGGAAAAAGACAGAGAUGUGGUUCCACUUCUGUUGAGGGGAGAUGGAAGUCCGGUAGAUGCGGAGGUAACUCACGUCUCAUCGUACAGUGUGGAAUUGAAGUCCAUGAACCCCCAACUUCGAGCCGCCUUGGCGCGUCUGCGGGAGCGCGUGGGUUCUUGGCCGCAUCUAAGGAGUCGCUUAUCGCCACUUCCACAGGAUAGUUACACUCUGGAAAGCGGUGUUGCCUCAACAGUAGGUGUAUUUGCCCUCACCUACGUCUUUAGGUAUGUUGAAAAUGUUCGACGUGGGCGUGAUGCCGGAGGGCUGAACAUGAUGGAUAAAUUGCCUUCAUCUUUCAUGUCGCGCUCUGAGCUGGUGUACUUUGCGGCAGCGGCUGUGAAGAUUUGGAAAUCUCAGCUGGUGCUGAGCUUUGCAGCCAUGAAUAAGAAAUGGAUCGAGCUUCCUUCAUCAUUGCGGAAUGCACGGUGUGACUGCCUCAGGAUUCUCGUGUGUGAGCUGUGGUCGCGGCUCUCUGAUGCCAAUCAGUUAGAGCAGAACGGUUACAAAAAGCCAACAAAGGAAUCUUUAUCCUUAUUGAAAGAAAACCAAUGUGGGAUGUUCUUCACAUGCAAUGAGAAAAACACAGAAAGGGUUGAGGCAGAUGCGGCACUGCUUCUCAUUGAGGAAGUGACGUACUGCUCCUCUACAGGACCCCUCUCUGUGCCCAUGGGGAACCCCAGGAGAGGUGGACUUCUUGUAUCCUUGCGUGCACCAAAAUACAUCUGUCUCCAUGAGGAAAUCGUUAUCGUUGGGUGUAUGCACUCCAGAAACUCAAUCGGACUGUUUUGGUGGCUUGUGGAUCUUGGACCAUGCGCGGAUUCACUGGAAAUGACCAAUAGAGAGGGGAACUCUUCUGUUAUUCUACCCCUUGAUGCGCUAUACUUGCAGCGUCGUAUUGCAACAUAUCAAAUAACUCCGAGCACGUUUGUGCUUAUCAUGCAACCCGGGUUGAUUCUGUCGUCUCGGCGAUAUCAGUGUGUGGUGGAGGCAUAUAAUGCCCGAACAGGUGACGUGGCUGUCAGCGAAGUGAGCUUUGACUCGCCACCUACGGAAGCGCCACACUAA